UCUCAUGUCAGUACGGUACGGAAGUUCAGCUCAAGUGGAGCAAAUUAUUUAAGUUCCGUCCAGUUUGUGAACAAACUGUUGUCCGCCCUGUUGUGCCGCACGACUAUUUCGUUCAUUAUUUGGGUAUAGUUCAAAUGUAGUGUUUAAUUGCGAAGCUAGAUACAGUGAUCGAUUGUUGUGAUUGUUAAACAAAAUCAGCGGGUUUCCACCCACAGUGAUUGAAUACGUUGCGAAUCGUCAUUAGCACUUCGAUAUGAGCUGAUCGUAGUUUCCUAAGUCAUACGUAAAGGAUAUAGAACUGCUGGAAACACUUUUGAUCGGAGCCUAACCACAGAGAACAGACGUCCAAAUAGUGAUUUAAAUGUAUGUAAGAAAUUUAACGGUUAAUUGGUAAAGCGAUCAUCAAGUCAAAAUUCGCCUACUGAGGCGCUUCGAGCAGCCCAGCAAUCGCUUAUGUGUUCCAGUUUGCAUCCAAAUUAACAGACGAACCGAGCAAUCAUCAGCAUAGCAAACUGAAACAUGCUGUUUCCAAGGAACACGUGCUAGAUCCUCCCAGUCGUAUUACAAUCGGACCUGCUACUAGUUCGAAGCAGCCGGUGACGAACCUAAUAUCACGAUGACACCCGCACCGGAAACGAAAACUGGCGGACUCAAGCGGGAGAUGGGCUUGAUGUCCGCCAUCAACGUUAUAAUCAGUGUUAUGAUCGGUUCAGGAAUAUUCGUAUCACCAACAGCAGCUCUCCGGUAUUCUGGUAGUGUUGGAUUCUGUUUGGUCAUCUGGGCAGUGUGCGGAGUGAUUUCGUUACUGGGUGCAUUAUGUUUCGCUGAACUUGGAACGGUCGUGCCGCGAUCAGGCGCUGAGUACGCGUACCUGAUAGAAGCCUUCAGGAAAUCCAACAAAUUCUGGGGCCCACUGCCUUCGUUUAUCUGCUCGUGGGUCUACGUAAUGGUAUUACGACCGGCCGAAGUAGCCGUAAUUAUUCUCACGUUUGCCGAAUACUCUAUCCUUCCCUUCAGCAACGUUCUGGGGUUGAAUAACCUACCAGCUGGGGAUCUGCAUAAUCUAAUAAAAUUGAUAGCAAUACUAGGAUUAGGAAUUAUCACCUAUAUAAAUCUUAGCAGCGUGAAGUUGUACGUUACCAUCAACAACAUUUUCGGCUUCUGUAAAGUGUUAGCUUGUUUGGUUGUUAUUUUUGGUGGCAUCUACCAACUGGCAAUCGGCAGAACAGAAAAUUUGACCCGUGGAUUCGAAGGAAGCAACUUUAGCGCAGGCCCAAUAGCUCUGGCAUUUUACAAUGGACUGUGGGCCUACGAUGGUUGGUCGAGCGUUACCAUCAUAACUGAAGAAAUCAAAAAACCUGAAAAAAACAUUCCUCGCUCCAUUGUCAUCGCAGUUCCGGUCAUCACUGCUCUGUACGUCUUUAUGAAUAUGGCUUACAUGACUGUUUUAUCGCCAGAAGAGAUGAUACAAUCGGAAGCUGUCGGUCUUGACUUCGGCGAGCGAGUUUUGGGUUCCUUUGCCUUCCUGAUUCCGUUGGGUGUAGCGCUUGCUACAUUUGGAUGUGCUCUCAGCAUUCAAUUCGGAGUGACGAGGCUGUGCUACGUCGCAGGCCAGGAAGGUCAAAUGCUGGAAUCACUAUCGUACAUCCAUAUGCGGCGCAUGACCCCAACUCCUGCGGUAGCAAUGCAGGGCUUACUAGCACUAAUGUUCAUCUUGGUCGGAAACAUCGAAGAGCUUAUUGAGCUGGCCUCGUUUUUCAUCUGGUUUUUCUAUGGGUCAGCCGUAGUGGCUCUGUUUAGUCUACGUAGAACUCAGCCACACAUUCACCGACCGUACAAAGUGCCAUUGAUCGUCCCGAUCAUCACCCUGGCGGUGUCCAUCUUUCUCUCUGUAGUCCCAAUCGUGUCCGAUCCAUCGUUAAAGUAUUUCUUCGCCAUUGGAUUUAUCCUGAUCGGAGUGGCCGUUUACACUCCGUUUGUCUACUAUAAGCUGCGACCAAAGUGGAUGGAUAAAGCCACCUAUCUAGUCCAGGUGUUGUUUGAAGCCGUGCCUACCUCAGAGAAGUCUGAUUAGAGCAGUCUGUUGUGUAAAUUUGCAAAGUAAAUAUUUUUUUAUUAAAGUAAUGAAUCUACUGUAACAGUUUUGAUUUCGUGUUUGCCGAUUAUCCAGACUAAAACGUGACGGAUUUAUAGGCUAAAAUGAUAACAAAAUGAUGUCACACUCGUCACAAUUCUGUCGUCACACGGAUUCUCGCGCUUUCAUAACAAUCAUUAUCUUUUGAUCAGUGAAAGUAGAUAUGGAAGCUGCGUAAGCUAGCGUUUAACUGAACUGUUUAGUGUGCGUGUGUGUAUGUGUUUGUGGUGAAAUCGUCCACGUGGAAGAGCUCGGUAUGUGGGAGUC